GGAAAGGAUGUGGCUCUUGUACAGCCUCAUCUAAUCGCUUUUUAUUUCUUUCCUCUCCUCAGUUACAAUGGCGGUAUCUGUGUGGACGGAGUCAACUGGUUUCGGUGUGAGUGCGCUCCCGGUUUUGCUGGACCGGACUGCCGAAUCAACAUAAACGAGUGCCAGUCUUCACCGUGUGCCUAUGGUGCCACCUGUGUGGACGAGAUCAACGGCUUCCGCUGUAUCUGUCCGCUCGGUAGAGCAGGAGUCCGAUGCCAAGAGUUUAUAGGUAUUGGGAAGACUUGCCGCUAUGCUGGGCUGCAGUUUCCCCACGGCAGCCGCUGGGAGGAAGAGUGCAACAGCUGCCAUUGCAUCAAUGGCAAAGUGGAGUGUACAAAGGUGCUGUGUGGUCGUCGUCCCUGCCGCCUUCAGUCUUCAGGCCAGGACCAGAAACAGCAGUCCUGCCCGGGUGGACGGGAGUGUCUGGAGCACAGCUACCUCACGUGCUUCUCCCCACCCUGCCACCAGUGGGGAGUUUGCUCCAUGGCUGGACCAUCACCUCCACAAGCAACCACCAAGUGCCAGCCAAACACCAGGCAUUUGGACAACAGCUGUGGCCGCAUCACACUUGUUUUCAACAGAGACAAAGUACCAACAGGAACAACAGUGGAGAACAUCUGCUACGAGCUGAGGUAUCUUCCUGACACCCGAAGCUUGGCUAAAGAUCACGCCCUUCUCCUGCUGUGUGACCUCUCUCAAUCGAAUCCGGAUGCUGUCGAGGUGGCCAUAUCUUUCCAGCCGGAGGAUCUACCAGACCACAGUCUGAUCCAGGAGGCAGCCAGCGCCAUAGUGGGCACCUUGUCCAAGCGGCACAACAGCACUGUAAUGCUGGCGGUCAUCGAGGUCAAAGUGGAAACACAGGUCAUGACCCCAUCAGUGGAUUACCUGGUGCCUCUCCUGUGCGUGAUCCUCGGCUUGCUCUGCCUCUUCUGCAUCAUUGUAUGUGUUUGGUGGACACGUAAACGGAGAAAAGAGCGUGAGAGAAACGCUCGCUCAUCCACCACCGACAGCGUGAACAACCAGUGGCAGCCACUUCGGCUUGUUGUGGGACGUCCACAGCAGCAGCAGCAGCAGCUGAAAGAGAGCAACAGGGACGCCGAGCAGGAGCGCAAAAAGCUCAUGGGCCCCUCCUAUCGGACGUGUGAUGAGGGAGAGGAGGAGGAGGAAACGGAAGGCGAGCUUGAGCUCGAGGAGGAGUGUGGAGGAGCAGAGGCGGGAAAGCAGCCGGUUUAUAAGUACUCUAAGACUGCAGUGCAGUCCAGUGGGGGAGUGAUCUGUACCAUGCACAGCUCCAGCUCACCCCUCAAAGCGCCCCACCGGACCCCAGGCUACAGCCCCAAAGACAACCGCUGGAAAAAUGUCAGUGCCGCCUUGACUGGUCAAAAAGACCUCAGAGACCAUUGUGUAUAAGAAAUUUAAACAAAGGACUUGCGAUGUGGAAGCGAGAGAAGCUGCAAGGCAGCGACUACUCUUAUUUUUGGACUACUUUUGGGAAGAAAAAAGGCUUUGUAUUUUAAUAAGCCGUUCUUUGCUUUGUUUUCAUGUUUUUGUCACUGUCACCUGAAAUGAUUUUUGAUUCAGGAGGCUAGAGCACAGUGAACAUCCUUUUUUGCUUCUGUUCACUUAAUUUUUUCUUUAAUUAUGUACAGAAGGAGCUGAAAUGUAACAAUUUUUUCAGGAGGCAAAAGAAGCCUUCUCCAGUUUUUGUUUAUGGGAUUGUACCAUUUAUGAGAUGAUAAAUCAUUGAAAAGGAGAAAAAAACAACCUGUAUAAAGAUGUUUUUUGUGUUUACAGAUGAUUAUGAUUUCGUUAAGUUGUCAGCGGGCUCCUGUUUAGCGUCUGUGGGGGGGGCAGAUACACAUUAAGGGACAGUAAGGGUUUUUAGGGAAACGGACUGUUGUAGCCACAGUAACAGAGGAAACCCUCCCUUUACUCUGUCUCUUUCCGGCUUUGCCCACCGAUCCACCUGUGGCCGUCGUGCGCCAGCCUUACCAAAACACUUGGCCUGGAGGGGAGAGGGGACAGAAACCCCAGUGCCUACUAUGUGGCCUUCCAUUUAUUUUUCUCCUGUCUCUCAGUUGUCUUGGCUGAAAGCUCUGGUUGAGGAUUUUUUGCAGUAUUUGAGUUGGUAGCAAGUGCCUUUCUAAGAGCUGCAUCGAGGCUCUCCAAGUCGCGCUGCCCAGUUUGACCUCCUUAUUCUCAAAUCUCAAAGGGAUAUAAGUGUACAUCGAGAGAGUUCAAUUUCACAGCAACGCCAUUCAAGGUAUUUGAUCAAAACAGAAAUGAAUACUCUGUACAUAUGUGUAAAUACUAAAGGAGUCGCUGUGUAUAUUUGAAAUAAGUAACUUAAAGACAAGUCACACAUUUUUAUUAUUAUUAUUAUUGUU